AGGGUGGCGGGCGCGGCCGUCGGGGUGGCCAUGGUGCUGCUGCUGCUGGUGGCCAUUCCGCUGCUAGUGCACAGCUCCCGCGGGCCGGCGCACUACGAGAUGCUGGGUCGCUGCCGCAUGGUGUGCGACCCCCACGGGCCGCGAGGCCCAGGACCCGACGGCGCGCCCGCCUCCGUACCCCCCUUCCCUCAGGGCGCCAAGGGAGAGGUGGGCCGGCGCGGGAAGGCAGGUCUGCGAGGGCCCCCGGGACCACCAGGUCCCAGAGGACCUCCAGGAGAGCCGGGCAGACCAGGUCCCCCGGGCCCUCCAGGCCCAGGCCCCGGCGGGGUAGCGCCCCCUGCCGGCUACGUGCCUCGAAUUGCCUUCUAUGCUGGCCUGCGGCGGCCACACGAAGGUUACGAAGUGCUGCGCUUCGACGACGUGGUGACCAACGUGGGCAACGCUUACGAGGCAGCCAGUGGCAAGUUCACCUGCCCCAUGCCAGGUGUCUACUUCUUCGCUUACCAUGUGCUUAUGCGCGGCGGUGACGGCACCAGCAUGUGGGCGGACUUGAUGAAGAAUGGACAGGUCCGGGCCAGCGCCAUUGCUCAGGACGCGGACCAGAACUACGACUACGCCAGCAACAGCGUCAUCCUGCACCUGGAUGUGGGAGAUGAAGUCUUCAUCAAGCUGGACGGCGGGAAGGUGCACGGCGGUAACACCAACAAGUACAGCACCUUCUCUGGCUUCAUCAUCUACCCGGACUGAGUCGGCCCCAUCCCCCGCCCCCCCCUCCGCUCCCCCCCUCACCCACCUUCAGCUUGCCCCACCCAAGGCGCCACCCCAUCCUUUGAGAGACUGGGGGUGGGACGGGCCCUCCUGCUCCCGGAGGUGGCCUUUAAUGGGCGGACUCUUGGUGCUCCGGGGUAUAACUGAGUGGCUGGGGAGCUGAGGAAACCGGCCGGAGGAGCAGAGCGGCUUGGGAAGGGACCACCAGCAUCCGCGCACAUGCCUGUGAAAGCCGGGCCAGGAGGGGGGCGCAGGUCGUGGCCCUCUCUUCUCUCGGGAGCUAGGAAACAGCUUCACUAACUGCCGCACAGAGGCACGGAAAGCAGAAAACAGAAGGGAAGCCCUGGCUUUUGGGGAGGGAGAGAACAGAAACAGAAGGAGCCCUUCUAGGCGGGAGGAGACAUCAGGGCGGGUAGGCGCUGGUCCUCUGUCAUGACAACUUCUCUGCCAUCCCCUCCUCCCCUCAUCUCCAUUUUCAGGCUUCAGGCUCUAGCCUUGGCAGCCUCCCUGUGAACUGGAGGAACCAGGAAAUUCUUUCCUAGCAUUUAAAACUCAUCCUGCAGUCCCCAUUUCACCCCCAUCGGGGGUUAGGCCCUGGGGCUACAGCUGCUGUUGCCUCUUCCAAUAAAGUGAAGUGGGAGAAUGUGUGUGCCUCUUAACUCGGUGCACAGAGUGGGGGAGAGUGGCUGACCCUUUCCUCACUCCUCUCAAGGACCCCUACCCUAUCACUCUCUGCCAGAGGCAAAGGUUUCAUUAUUCCUGGCAAGGCCUGCCUCUGGGGAAGCCGAGGAGGGGAGUAGCCCAGGGUUUCUACUCUGAUACAGGGAAGGGUAUCAGCUUCAGGAGAGCUUUGAGGCCUUACACGGUAGGGAGACGCCAACCAGAGGGACACUAGCAAGGGAGGAUUCCAGAGGUAUGGGUCUGGUGCUUCUGCUGAUGCAGGGGGAGUUCUAGGGAACUCUAGGCGAUGCAGGAGUUGCUGACGGCUCCUGGGACCGGCCAAGAUCUCAGGGAGCAAGGAGAAAAGCAGCUCCCCAAAGGCCCACAUUUGUGUCCCCCCCCCAAAAAAAAAAACAUUCACUCAUAGUGCUUGCUGGGAGGGUGGGGUGUGCAGGAGUGGGAUGACCUGGACAGCUUCUGGG